CGCUUGCAGAAAGGUAGCUUCAAUUGUCCAGGAUGAGGUUCGAUACCGGAAGUGUGGUGGUGGUGCUGCUGCUGUUGUGUCUGCCUGGGUUUCAGGCCGCCAGGAUUCUGUUCCUGUACAUGCCUUCAUUCAGUCACAUCCGGGGAUCUCUGAAUGUGGCAACAGAGCUGGCUUCGCGUGGUCACGUUGUAUGGAAUGCGCUGUCAACUGAACUGGCCAAUCACAAGGGCCUUCAAGCACAUGGCGUCCACAUCCUGAAAUACAAAUCGGUUGAUAAAUAUGACUUUGACAAAGUAAUACUUGAAGACAUGGUUAACGCAUAUUUCAAAGAAAGCAGUUCUACUUUGCCUCUUGGUCUUAUAAGGGGUAUUUGUGGUAGUAUACUGAGUGACCAGGAACUAUUCAGGAGAAUCGAAGAGUUAAAGUUUGAUCUGAUUAUAUUCGAUGCUGUACCCAUAGCGAGAAUGUUGACUAUCAUUGCCCACAGAUUGGACAUUCCCUUCAUAUUCAUUGGGGCAGCUUUCGAGCCUCAAGUUAGCCGGAAUCCUUUCAUUCCAUCUGCGUUCCCCUUCAUCAUUUCCCCAAGAACACCGAAAAUGGACUUUUUGACUCGUGUUGCGAAUGUCAUUACGACUGUGAUGUACGUGUUUGUUUAUGAUCCGUUCUCUACCUAUAGGCCAGUAGCAGCCUAUGCCCCAGAGAAGCCGUACAUCUCAAUGGAAGCCUUGACAGCUAAGGCCUGGCUUUGGCUCAUCGACAUUGAACCUCUCCUUGACUACCCAGCAGCCACCUUGCCCAACGUCAAGCGAAUUGGAUCUCUGUCAGCGUCUGAUCCAAAGCCACUCCCUCAGGAAUACAAGGAGUUUAUGGACAAGGCAAAAGAAGGCGUGGUCAUUGUUUCUUUUGGAAGUAAUGUGAAGUCGCUUCCAGAUAAAAUAUCGAAAAGGUUACUGGAUUCAUUUUCGCGAACCAACUACAAAUACAUAUUCAAGACAAACAAAAAGUUCAAAGUGGGACCUAACGUACUGUUGACUGACUGGAUGCCACAGUCGGACUUACUUGCCCAUCCCAACACUAAAUUGUUUAUAACCCACUGUGGAGCUAAUGGUCAGAACGAGGCUUUCUUACAAGGUGUCCCGAUGAUUGGUUUUCCCAUGUUUGGAGAUCAACCGUAUAAUUCAAUGAGGCUUGAAUAUCAUGGCUUCGGUUUUAAAAUGGAUUUGAACACGUUUACUGUUGACGAUUUGGUCUCCAACAUCAACGAGGUGAUCCAGAAUUCUUCCUAUUCACAGAAAAUCAAGAAAGCUGCAGAAAUCACCAAGCUCCGGGAAAGAAGUCCCCAAGAUGAAGCUGUUUACUGGAUAGAACAUGUGCUCAAAUAUGGCGGCGCCCAUCUCAGGUCGUAUUGUCAGGAAAUGCCGUUGUAUCAGUAUUUGUGUCUGGACGUCAUCGGGCUUGUCCUGUUCAUCCUCCAUGUGUGUGUUUUCCUUAUAUGGAAGUCGUGCUGCUAUUGCUUGAGGAAAGCCUGUAAUCGGCCAAAACAAAAACGUGAAUAAUGAAUAUAUACAAGUGUACAAUUCAGUCUUCUUACUUCAGUGUGUGUAAUUAUGUGGGGG